UUCCUAAACCUAAUUCGUAGUUUCACUCUCUCAAUUUCAUUCGUCUUCGUGCUUUCUCUUCACUUUGAACGUGAAACAAAAAAUAGAGAGAUUGUCUUCGAAAUCAACAAGAAGAUGGCCAUUCGAUCUUUACCUUCUUCCUCAGGCUGUUCCAAUUCCUCUUCGUCUUCUUCUUAUUCACUCGCUUCAACAAGUUUGAGCAAUAGACUUGAGACCAUCUUCAGGAAAGCUUCAGAGCUUUGCACUCUCUGUGAUAUCGAAGCAUGCGUCAUCUAUUACGGACCAGACGGAGAACUCAAGACAUGGCCUCCGGAGCGAGAGAAAGUGGAAGACAUUGCUCUCAGGUAUAGUCAACUAAACGAAGCCUUGAGACGCAAGAAGAGCGUUACUCUUUAUGACUUCCUGAACAAGAAGAAGAACAAGACGAACUUGGAGAAGAAAGCAAAGAUAAAGGACAACGACUUGAAAAGACUUUCCUUAGAACCUCAUGUCUCUAAAGUCCGAGAAAGGAUUCGUUUUGUUGAGUCGCAGAAACAUAAGGAGACAAAACCGGAUCAUCAGAGUUUAGCAUCAUCCUCUCUGAAUAAUCAGACCCAAUCUUUGAACCCUAGCCAGUUUUCGCUGUUUAUGUAUAACCAUGGAGAUAAUAUUCUGUCUCAGAUCCCAGUCUCUGCAUCAAAUUUCAAUCAGGAUUAUUUCUCAGCGUUACUUGAACAAUCUGAGUUGAAGAGUCAGAUAAUGAAGCAGGAGGUUUGUGGUUAUGAGCAGAACAUGUGCAUGAGUAACAAUGGAGAUGCUACGCUCUCUCAAAUCCCACUCUCUGCAUCAAAUUUCAAUCAAGAGUUCUCAGCCUUACUACAAGAAGAAUCUGGCUUGAUGCAACAGGAGCUUUGUAAUUAUGAUCAGAACAUGUUUAUGAACAACAACAACUUCCAACAUUCUUUUGUCUCAAACACACAAGAUCACUCUGCUCCUGCGGUACAAGAAUCUGUGAACAACAACUAUGGGUUGAUGCCGCAUGUUCCUUGUGGUUAUGAUCAGAACCUGUUUACGAGUGAUAUUACCAACAACAACCUUCUUAUCGACAACUCGAUGUUUCUCUGA